CAAAAACUAGUUUCAUAUUUAAUGUAUUCCCAUUCAAAUAGCGGAAUUGAUCCUACCAUGCUAACAUCAACCCAUGUUGAAACAGAUGCGAAUCAACAGUAAGAAAAUCUGGAAGAAAUUGAAAAUUUAAAUUAAAUCAAAAAAGAAUUUGAUGAUUCACAACUUGUAACCAAUUUUGAUUUGAAUCUUGCUAACUUAGUUCAAAGAAGAUGUUAUGUAUUUGAGGAUCAAAUCAUGAAAUACGAGAAAAUAUUAGAAAAAAAUCCAACAUGUGUGGAAGCCUUAAUUGAAAAAGCAAAAAAUUUAGUUAGCCUUUAAAAAAUUGAGGAGGCCUUAGAAUGCUGUAAUUAAGCUAUAUCUAUUGACGGUAGCUUUACUUAGGCAUAUUUUGAAAAAGCAAAAAUAUUGUGUAAAUAAUAAAAGAUCGAAGAUGCCAUUAAAGCUUAUGAAGCUAUUUUAUCAAAGAAUUCAAAAAAUAAUGAUGCAAUUCAAGAAUUAUCUUAACUUCAAAAUUAAAUUCAAUAAAUAUCGAAGGCACUUAAAUAUUAUGACUAACUAUUGGCUUUUGAUCGAAAAAAUAAAUUUAUCUAUGUAGAAAAAGCCAAACUAUUAUAAAAAUAAAACAAAUUUGAAUUGGCUCUUAAAUGUUGCGACUAAUUAUUGAGCUUUGAUCCUUAUGAAAAGUAUGCGUAUUUACAAAAAGCUUUAUUAUUUUCAUAAAUUAACGAGCCACAAUCGGCUAUAGAAUGUUAUAAGAAAGUAAUCGAAAUUGACUCUACGAAUAAAUAUGCUUAUUUAGCAAAAGUUAAGUUGUUAAUAGAGUUAAAAAAUUAUGAAAAGGCUCUCAAGUGUUGUGACAAGAUUUUAAAUUUUGAACCAAAAGAAAUUUAUGCUCAGAUAUAGAAAGCCAGAACUCUAGAAUUUCUUCAAAGAUAUGAUCAGGCUGUUAAAUGUUGGGAUGAAAUAAUUACUUAAGAAUAAAACAAGGCAGAGCCAAGUGUGGAAAAAGCUCGAGUUUUAGUCAAGCAAAAUAAAAUUAAGGAAGCUGUAAAAUGUUUAGACAUAAUUCUGUCUAAUAAUAAAGCAAAUAGAGAUGUGAAUGUACAGAAAGCCUAAAUCUUAAUGUAGUAAGGAUUAUUGGAAUAAGCUGUUUAAUGUUGCUAAUAAAUCUUGAGUUAAGAUUCAGGAUCUGAAAGAGCAUGGCAUUAUUGCGGCCAAGCAUUUAAGUUCUUAAAUUAAUUGAAUGAUGCCUUAAAAUGUUAUGAGGAAAUAUUGAAAACAAACAGCAAUGAUUGGUAUUCUUAAUACUAAGUCAAGGAAAUAAAAGAAUAAAUAAAAAAGUAAAGAUUAGUAAAAAAUGAUUGA